AGAGAGUCAAUCUAAGUAGAAACCACAUCCGAUUGCCUUUGUCUUUAGAAAAUGUUGCGGACGGUAAUUUUGCUGCAGCUCCUUGUCGUCGCGGUUCCCGGGCGCCAGCGUAUGCUGCGUCGCGAGCCCCGACCAAGCGAUACGACCACGACCACCGUGCUGCCCCCCGUGACGAUUUUACAGAAAGGAGAGGAGAACUUAGAAAAUCCUGCUGCUAGUGAAGCAGCUGCUGAAGCUGGUGCAGCCGAUGCGAGUAGUUCUCCUGUGCAACAAGAAGUUUCCGAUCAGGACGUCGACAUCGAUGCGACGGGCAGAAGCACAGAGGUUCCUGCGACUGCGAAAGAAAGGGGAACGCAGGAAGCUUCUGCACUGGCAUCUGCUACGGCCUCGCAGCAGAGCAGCAGUGUGCAGAACGCUGACAGCGAGGGUGCGGCCUCCGCGAGUGCUUUCGACGCGCCAUUGUCUCAACCGAACGCAGGGACUGGUCAGCAUCCCGCUUCGUCACAAGUCGGUACUCCACCGGCGGUUCGUGAAGAAGAAGCGGAGAUGAAGCAGGGGGAGAAUCAGGAGGGAGAAGCUUCGCCACAAAUAGCAGAGCGUACGGGCGAACCCGAAACACGCAAAGCGCAGAAGGGCAGUACGGGGAGAGAGGACGAAAACAGUACGAAGAAGAGCGCAGGGACGACAGCACUGGGAGAGCACCAGAAGAUCGGCGCUGAGAAGUCUACGAGCGUUGAGAGUUCUGCGUCGUCGGCGGGAAUGGCACAGUACAUCCAGAAGCUUCAGGAUGUUGUGCACGGAAUUUCGCAGCACCUGGCGAAACUGACUUCGAAAUCGAUGGGAAGUGAGAAAGCGCAAGCUGAUUCGCCGAAGGAACAGAAGACGAGCCAAAGUGAAGCAGCCGGGGCUCCAGCUCCUCCUUCCGCGCUGUUGCAACUGCGAGUUGGCGCGGAUCCUUCGGCCGCCGCGAAAGCAGAAGCGGGUACAGCAGAUGCGCCAGAUGCAAAAGCUGAAGCGGCACCUGCGGCAGCGCCAGAAGCCGCGGGAGGGGAUGCGGCAGCCCCGAAGGAGGCGGCAGAAGGAGGGGAUGCGGCAGCCCCGAAGGAGGGAGCAGCAGGUGGAGAUGCGGCAGAUGCAGCGACACCCGCGGCAGCGCCAGAAGCUGCAGGAGAGGAUGCGGCAGCGCCGAAGGAGGCGGCAGAAGGAGGGGAUGCGGUAGCGCCGAAGGAGGCGGCAGCAGCUGGAGAUGCGGCAGAUGAAGCGACACCCGCGGCAGCGCCAGAAGCCGCGGAACAAGGGGACGACGCUGCAGCCCCGAAGGAGGCCGCUGGAGGUGGCGAUGCGGCAGAUGCAGCGACCCCUGCAGCAGCGGCUGAUGAAGGAGCGGCAGCUGCGCCUGCCGCCGUACCAGCGGAUGCAAAGGACGCGGUGACGCGGCCCGAGCAGCAGUCGCAGCAGGAUGACAAAGACGAGGCGGAUGAACACGCGGCACGAGAUGCGUGGUUCGCAAACUUCGCGGACGUGGUGAGCGAGGCAAAGGAGACUGGCAAGAUCGUAGACCAGGCCGUAGACUCGUUUGAUCAGCACGGCAAGGACGCCCUGGUUUCCAUCCACGAAAUCGGGCGUCGCAGGACGGUGGCCCAAGAGGCCGCGAAAGAGUACAUUUUCUGAUUGUGGUUUCAUGUUUGACCACUCGUUUUCAUCGUUGGAUUUCUUUUUUCAGAAAUUUCAAAAACUCGGUUUUGGAUUUACACCUGAGGACAACUCACACUCAACACAGUUACCUCGGCAUGCUUGAUAAAGCGUCGACUAUCCGGAGUGACAUGCGGCAGGCGUUUUUGAAGAAACUGGGUCAAGAGGAGAAGCAAACCCGGGCAGAGACCAAGGCUUUUCCGGGUACUGGUUUCCUCUCGGGCGAUGACGCGCUGGUGCUGCCCGGCGUGCAGAAGGAAACGGACAGCGCUGUGGCCAAGCGGCUGGCUUCGUUGGACCGGGAGCUAGAACGGUUCUCUGUGAUGUCACCCGAGGAGCGGGUGACCACGUUCAAGACCCUCGCGGCAGGCCCGAAGGACGCCGAAAAGGCGAGAAAGAGCACCGAGGAGCUGGAAAAGCAGUUGAAAGAUUUGGUAACGGAUGGAACCAAAAGCACCGCGGAGCAAGUAGAGCAGCUCUACCCAAAAAAGGUGUCUGCUGCGAAUCCUGCCUCGUUUGUGCAGUUGGCAAGCGACAGUUCAACAUCUGUCACUGCGACAGGUGCUGCGCCGUCUGCUGGGAAAAUGUUGAACAAGGUGGAAAAUAAGCACGGCUCUGCUGCUGAUGCAACGGCAACUUCAAAACCAAAUUCCUUCAUCCAGCAACAGGUCCCUGCGGUUGCCGCAGCCACAGAAGGAUCAGCAUCCGCUGCGAAAACAAAAUCACCCAGCACCGGUGGCACGGAUCCAGAGUCCCCAGUGUACGUGGCCGUCGCCAGGGCCGCACAGGCACUCGAAACAGGUUUUGCAGCGCUCGACGAGGAAAUAGCGACGACCGCGGAGCGGCUGCGGAAGCUGCAAAAGCUCUGCCCGUUGCUGCAAUACGACAGAUCCGAAUCCGGAUCUGCAGCUGCCGCGGAGUGUAGCGAGAAGUGGCACGAAACCGACCACGCAUUUGACAUGCUGAAGGAGAAGCGCAAGACCUGCGGCGAACGCGAGGCGAGCUGGAAGAAGCAGGUCUUGACCACGAUUGCGAACGCGUCCAACGACGAGAACUCGGACAAAGUGCAGCCGCGCGACGCGGUGUACAAAACCAUCUACAAGUCCAUCACUCAGCUUUACCAGGGUCUGACUUCCGAACAGAUGCAAGGGGUCGGGUCGGUGGAUGAAGACGCGAAGCCAAAUGCACCCCAGCUCUACGAUACGGCCACGAAGUCCACCUCCCGGCAGCUCGCCCGCGAGUGUUUUCAGACGGGCAUGAAGGUGGGGUUGGCGUUUCUCGACCUGGUUCGGGGUGCGAACGCGCAGCCGGGGUCCUUCGACCGGGCGAAAGCGAGAAUGCUUGAUACCCGGGACGAAGUCGAGCAGCGCAUCGUGUUCUUGCAAAUGGAGGGCCAAGACUCGAGCCUGUGGGCUCCCGUCAACAAAAACCUCGACGCACUUAUCGACCAAACGGAGGGAGUCGGGGCGGAAAAGGGAAAAUCUGACUCGUCUUGGUUUCGAUGACCAUCACCUACACUUGUUUUUCAGCAGAGCUAAUCCUGUGUACUUAUUCGUAUUCUUAACAACAUCGAGGAGGUGAUCAAACCAAUCACUUGUAUGGAUUCCAACCCCUAUGUAAAAUCCUUGCUGUAUAUGUACAAUUCAACUAAAUCUUCACCGCUCGACCUGUUCGCUACGGGUUUCUAGAAUGACAAAAUCAAUUUUGGAACUUUGUAUCUCCAAGAAUCCUCUGGCUCAGUGUGCAGUGAGCAAAGCAAU